AUGGACGCGGAGGAUCAGGGGGACGUAAAAAGCGAGCUCUUUUGCGCGCACGUGGCCUUCUUCUCGUCCGCGUGCGACAAAAACACCAAUCACGCGUCCAAGAAGAACGAGAGGAAGAAUCGAAUCGAAACGAGGCGUUUUGACGCUUCGGCGAACGUGCUCGUGUUGCGCGUGACGAAGGAAACGGAGGAAAGAGACGGGGAGUUGACCUUGAUGUUUCCGGAAGACUACCCGAAGUCGGAAGUGAUGGCCAUCGGGGACGGAAACGCGAUCGACGAAACUGAGUUGAACGAAAAGUUAGAGGACGAAAGUGGGAGGUACGCGAAUAAGACUUUGUUCGAGGUCUUGCGAUUGGUCGGGACGACAUUUUUUGAAGGGAAAGAGCUGAAGCGCAUCGAGCGAACGGUUGGAGACGCGGAGAGGAUGGCGAUUGAAGCGGAUGGGGGAUUAGGGAACGAGGACGAAGAGGAGGACGAUUUGUGCGGUGGCGACGCGAUGGACGUGUGCGGCGGCGCGAGGAGCGAGGAAAGAACGGUGAAAUUGACCAGGAUGCUUUUGCAAGCGAAGCAGAGGUGUAAAAUGAACGAAGAGAGGAGGAUGCAGGAGAAAGAGGCGACGACGACGACGACGACGGGAAUGACGUGUGCGGGGAUGAGUAGUAAUAAUAACACGAACGAACAACAACAAAAUAAGGGGGGUUCUUUCGUAGACUCCGCGGAUUUGAAACGAGCGGCGAGGGAACAGAUUUUCUCCAGCAACGUCGCCUUUGAAAGGUUGUUGAAAGAGUUCGAAGAUUUGCACAGAUUUAACGGCGCGAAUAAGUUCAGAAAGUACAUCGCUGUCGAAUCCAACAACGACUCCGUGUACACUUGGGACGUGAAGUUCAUGAAUUUUGAAAACGGGGACAUCGCGAGCGAUUUGGCAAAGGUCAAGAAAAAAUUCGGCUACGAAUUCGUCCAAGUCCGAGUCGAAUUGAAAGAGGAUUUGCACCCGUUUUAUCCUCCGAAAAUGACUAUCGUCCGUCCAAGAUUAGAAGGCAUAGUCGCCUUGGCAUCGUGCUUGCAUCCUAAGUUUCGACUGAAGAAUUGGCAACCCAUGACGUCCAUGACGGACGUUUUGCUCACCGCGAGAACGUUCCUGGAACGUUUCGCGAGAGUUGACGUCACCUGCCCGGCGAACAACAAACGCGCGUACUUAAACGGUGCGUACGACGAUCGCGCGAGUAAAUUAGAUUUGGCCUUGUGUGCGUUAACCUGCUCUGGAGAAACGCCGUUGAUUCCGCGAGCGUUCGAAGAGCUGUACGAGAAAGAACGAGAGAUUGAAGAGGAAAUUAGGGGAUUUCAAAUCAGUUCUUUAUCCCCUAGUACGACGCUCCAAGCACCGAUGACGUCGACGAAGAACGGCAACGCGAAAAAAAAUCUCGACAAAGAGAUGGAAGUGUUAAACGCGAAAUUGGUAAAACAGCGAGACCAGGAAAACAAACCGAAAUUGAGAGGGUUCCACAGCGGCGUUGGGUAUAGCUCCGCGUCUGGCACGAACGAAAAAGGGUCGCGCAAUCUUUGGGACUUCAAAGACGCGAAGCAAGCGCAGUUGGCGCAGGAUAAGAUGAGCAGCGAUUUGGUCGAUUUCGCCAAGGUGGCAUUGGCAGAUAUUUCGCACUUCCUCGUCGGACAGCAGCCGCAGAUGGAUCAUGACGACGACGACGACGACGACGACGACGACGAAGAGGAGGAACUCGCCGAGGAGUGCGCGCGAAUGACUCGCGUGUUUGAAAACGCAUCCUUGGCGUAUUUCUUAGCGCGCGAACUCAAAAUUUGCGAUUUCAACAACAUGGCCGAUCGCGCCGAGUAUUACACCUCAUUGCUCGAGUGUGUUCUCGUGUUUCACGAAACGCUCGUACCGACGUUAAAAGAAAACUUGCGCGCAGCGUUCGAGAAGUACGAUAACAUGCGCGACAUCGUCCAACAGGCGAAAACCUUUUUGCACGUCACGGAAGCGGCCAAUGCAGUCGAGGAGGACAAGUACGAAGAAAGAGAGCAAGAGGAAAUUGUAUUAGAAAAUUUGGCAAAGUUGAUCGUUCGAGUUGGAACGGCGAUCGAAGCGAACGCAAUCGUUGACUUAACAAAAGAUGACGACGCGAUGACGACGACGAGAGGAACCAAUAAGCGAAAGAAAAUCGCUGCCCCGGAGUCGCGCGAGAAAAAUCUAGAAAAAACCUAUUGCUACGCGCUCAGUCGCCCGGGCUUUCAGUUCGACAACUUCGUGCUCGCUGAUUCGAGUCACUACAAAGAUAAACUCCUCAAACAAGCGACGAAACCGAACGCGCACGCCAUAGCGCGCGCCGUCGCGGGUAUUUCCGGGUCUCUUCCUCUCUCCGUCUCCUCCUCGGCGUUUGUUCGCGUGGACGAAAACCAGUCGCAAUUAUGGUCUAUUUUAAUCACCGGCCCAGAAGAUACGCCUUACGAUUCCGGCGCGUUCAUUUUCGAUGUCAUGCUCACCUCAGACUUUCCGAACAAACCGCCUUUGGUGAAUCUGAAAACGACCGGCGGCGGUCGCGUCCGGUUCAACCCAAACCUAUACAACGACGGUAAAGUGUGCUUAUCGUUACUCGGCACUUGGUCCGGCGGCGAAGGCGAAGGGUGGAACGCGCAACACUCGACUAUGCUGCAAGUUAUCGUGAGCAUCCAGUCGCUGAUCUUUGUCGCCGACCCGUGCUUUAACGAACCGGGCUGGGAGAAAGACCGAGGCACCGACGUCGGCGAUAAGAAAGAUUUUGAAUACAGCGCUGUGAUCAAAACCGCCACUUUAGAGUGGGCAAUCUUAGACCACGUGAAACGCUUGAAUCGGAAAAAAAAAAACGCCGCCGCCAAAGAUGGUCCAUUCGACGAAGUCUUACGCGCGCACUUCUUAAACAAACGCGACCACAUCAUCACUACUUUGAGAUCCAAAUGGGAAAGAGAAGCCAAAGAAAACGAAAACUCGCCGGCGGGCCACUUGGAAAAAGUAAAGGCUAAGUUUACGGAAGUCGCCGAGGAGUUGUCCGCGUUGAAGGAACAGUGA